CUACCAGUACUACUCACAUAUACAUACCUCUUUUGCCAUUUUUAUCAUGGCGAUUUCUUUUUGACAUUUGACUACAACUGGGCGCACGUGUUUUCGGGCAAGGCUCUGUGCUAAAUUAUAGUAAAAUCAAAAUGAAUCCGGAGAAGCUGAAGAAGUUGCAGGCGCAGGUGCGCAUUGGCGGCAAGGGCACCCCCCGCCGCAAGAAGAAGAUUGUCCACUCCACGCCCGCCACCGACGACAAGAAGCUGCAGUCGUCGCUGAAGAAGCUGUCGGUGAACACCAUUCCCGGCAUCGAGGAGGUGAACAUCAUCAAGAACGAUGGCACCGUCAUCCACUUCAACAACCCGAAGGCGCAGGCCUCGCUGCCGACGAACACGUUCGCCAUCACGGGCCAUGGCGAGAACAAGACGAUCACCGAGAUGGUCCCCGGCAUCCUGACGCAACUGGGCCCCCAGGACAUCAACCAGCUGAAGAAGCUGGCCACGGAGAUUGCCAACAAGAGCGGCGCCGGCGGCGCAGCCGGUUCUUCGGCCGCCGAUGCCGGUGACGACGAUGUGCCCGAUCUGGUCGAGAACUUCGAGGAGGUGGCCAUCGCCGGCACAAAGGAGGAGAAGUCCGGUGAGGUGGCGGCCUCCGCUUAGGCAGGUCCAACCCCAUCCAAUUGGACAAAUCACACCACACACAAAAACACA